AUGGGACGUGCGUUCGACAAUGGACGAUAUGCAGGCUGUCACUUGGACGCGUGUCAUACAGGAGAGGUGGCGGACGCGGCCGUUGCGAUCCGCCGGAUGAUGAAACACAUCGCAUUGAUUCGAUCAGUGACCACCGGGCUAACGAUCGAUGGAGCGGAGCCCUCGUCGUCGUCGUGGUCGUCGUCGAGCUCCACGUCCGCCAGCUAUGGAUCAAACGCCAACUCCUUCAACCUGCUUCUAGCAUCCGUGCCCCCCAAUCCAAGGUACUCCCUCGCCAAGGAGCAUGCGGAUGAGGUAAGCAGCAAGGAGUUUGAAGCCCUGACACUUGAUCAAUCACGCCCUACACCUGAGUCAACUCACAGGCAAGCUGGAACUGCAACCCAUGUUCGGCAAAGUGUUCUAUAUUCAGGCCGCCACAGGCGGCCCCAUGGUAGACGAGAACAAGAACCACCACCGAAUGAGCUACCGGUUGAGAAGAAUGCUGGCAAGGUGAGCGACAUUGAGAGUCCUGCAGUUAAGGCUCCACCGGUUAAGGAGGAUGCUAAUGAGGUGCGCAGCAGGGAGUUUAAAUCAGUAACACUCGGUCAGUCACUUCCUACAUUUAACCCAACUCAAAGGUCCAGGAAACGUGAUUAUUACGCUGCAGACAGUACGACUCGCUCUGAGAUUUUUGAGGAGAUGCUCAAAGGUGUAUCAGAGCCUUGGGCACAAAAAUGUCGUGAUAUGCGGAAGUACUUGGAAGAACAUACAUACACUUGUAUGGUGGAGGCUAUGAUUGCCGCUGAACAUGGCUUUAGCAACCCAGCGCAGCAUAAACUGGAUGCUGAAGCAUUCUUGGCAUCAGAAGGGGCAUUUGAAGCUCCUGAAGUCCCUGGGUCCUUUGCCUCUACAAGAGAGAAUGUAGCGCAGUAUGUUUUGAUAUGAUUUUCAUAUUAAUUUUGAAGCAUGCAACAAUUUUAAUGGUAAAAAGUGGAUGGGUGAGCAAGUCAUGUUGGCUUUUAAGAAGUACAAGGAAGGAAAGAGCCAAUUCAAAGUAUGUGCGGUUUUCUGCUAUUUUGUCGUCCUAACUGAAAGCAAGUUUGUUUAUAAGGUGUUUUUUCAGGACGUGGUGCAUUAUGGCC